UUUCAGACAUACACCAAACUUGGUAUCCGACGGAUACGAAGUUGAUUGGACCUCACCUGAGAAAGCGUGGGCAGAGCUUGGACGGCUGGUAAGGGCUUUUGGGCCACCCGGCCCGAAGCCGCAGCCUUACUCCCGUUGACAACCAGCUUCGCCUAGAAGGGCGGCAUGCAGUUUCCUCCUCGGGGCAGAGGAGGCACGCUAGGGGCAAAAUUCCUGGUCGCCUGAAGGGUCGCGGGAGGGGAGAGAGAGAGAUGGCAUCCUUGGACACAGAUAUUAACAUGGUGCCCGCCGGCGAGGGAUCGAGCGGCGCCGGCCCAAGCGUCAAUCCCAAGAAGCCGAAACGCUUUGAGAUCAAGAAAUGGAACGCCGUCGCGCUCUGGGCUUGGGAUAUCGUGGUUGAUAAUUGUGCGAUUUGCCGGAACCAUAUCAUGGAUCUCUGUAUCGAGUGUCAAGCCAAUCAAGCAAGUGCGACAAGUGAAGAAUGUACUGUCGCAUGGGGAGUCUGCAACCAUGCAUUUCACUUUCAUUGCAUUAGUCGAUGGCUGAAGACACGGCAAGUUUGCCCACUGGAUAACAGUGAGUGGGAGUUCCAGAAAUAUGGCCACUAGAAAUGCACCUUUUAAAGACGGGAUAUGGCAUUUUAGCUUCCUACUGGACCUACUUUGUCUUUUUUAUACCAAAUGAACAAAACAGUUACAUGUUCACUCACGUGGCCCAAGUUUAUAGCCCUUUUAUCAUUUCCUGAACCCAUGUUAUGAGGUUUGGAAGUGUUGCCAGAGUCGAUUCUCUUUUAGCAGGUAGAUCAUUCUGCUUGUGCCUGUUCUGUGCGACUAGGUUCACUUAAGUUUGAUUAUGCAUCCAUUUUCUGCAUUUCAUGAGGAACCUGGGUUUUUUUGUGGCUGUAAAGUGACUUUAAAGUGUAUGGAAAGUGACUCCAAAGCACUGUUAGGUACUGAAA